ACCUACCUGCCUUGACCUCUUGGAGCACAACACAUGCUAAGCUGCCUCUGCUGCACCUGUGACGUUUGCCGCCUGCCGUGCAAUGCCAGACAUGCGUACUGGGCAUCUAAAGCGCAGAUAGAGGCGAAACAAUGUCACAAAAAAGGACAUAUCCUUCAGGUGCAGAAAAAAGGAAGAAGAAGAAAGUGGAAGAGGAGAAAAAAUGCCAUGAUAAAGGAGCAUUGUUAAAAUACUUUGGAGGCACAGAAUCAGCCCAGAGCCAGUCCACAUCCUCAGACUCAACUGUGAGUGAUGAAUCAGGUCCAUCUCCAUCCUCUACAGUGCUCUCUCACACACCUCCAUCCUCUGUGCCCACUGUCCCCUCCAUGUCUGAAACCACAGCUGAUUUAUCUACAUCUUCCACCACAACGUCCCCUUCACACCAUGGACCAUCAUCAGCUCCGCCAGUUGACCCAGCUGAGUGGCCUUCUUUCCUCUCAGAUUCAGACAGGACUGAGCAGUUGCAGGAUCCUUCAACACUCUGUCUGGCAGUAUGCCAGAACACGCCCCCGCACGCGCCGAGCGCUUCACGCCCAGGCAACGCCGCAGCUGCAGACUGUCAGCAAUCUGCACACCUGGAGUUCAUCAGAGCGGUAGCAUAAAGCCCAGUCAACCCUUGGAGCCUACGCCGGAACGUCGUUAACUCUCAGUAUACCCGCCUUGUUCCGUGGGCUCGAGCUCUGUGCCUCGACCUCCUUCCGGAUAUUGGACUGCCUCCCUCGAUCCUCGACCCUUGCCUGGACACAGACAUUGUCGCUUUUCUCCUGCCCUCAACCUCCUGCCUGUCCCCGGACUUCCUUUGUGCUUCGCCCUCUUGGACUGACGAAGAAUUCAUCCAUCACGCACGUACAACAUUCUCUGGUUUUAUUUACAUGGUUAAUUUCACACUUAGUCCUGCAACCAACACAUAGAGUAGCAUACACCUCCCACACAAUCAUCAAAGGUUACAAUAAACCAAGUAACCUGAGUUUCUUCGUGAUGUUGUCUCCUUCCACCCCUCACGUACAUAACAGUUUUGAGCAUAUUUUUUUGGCUAUAAAAAUAGAUGAAUAAUAUUAAAUAUAUACAAUGAGAUAAAA